UUCCUCAUCAGGCCCAUAUAAUCAAACCAUGGUCCAUGAAUCCAUGAUGUAAAAACAUAAAACAUGUUUUUACACCAUGCAUGAAUCAAACAUGCACUGUAGCAUAAACAGAAAUAAUUUUGAAUGACUUGACAUUUUAUCAUAAUUAAUCUUCGACCUAUGGAUUAUGUUUUAUAAACAAUUUCACGGUAAUAAUGAUAGUAUACUACAAUGCAUGUCCCAGUGAAUGUACGAGAUCAUAAUUAUUUUAAUUAAGUAAUAAAACUAUCACUUAAAUGAAAGUGUGACGCAAAGAUUUCUACUUUGCACCUGGGAAUUGACAAACAAAUGCAGUUUCAUCUCAAAGCAGCUGCAAUUUACUUUUCUGCAGACUAACUAAAUAGCGAAGUUACAAUCUGCUAUAUUUUAAAUAAAAAAUCGUAAAGAUGAAAGCAGAAGAAGUGAAAUUACCUGUGCCAUGGGGUUAUAUAGCAGCGAAAAUCUACGGACCUCCCAUGGAGAAAAAAGCUUUACUCGUGCAUGGUAUUUUAGAUAAUGCCGGGACGUUUAACAGAUUAAUAGGAUAUCUUCCUCGAGGGUAUCAAUAUGUGAGCAUAGAUCUACCAGGGCAUGGAUUAUCGUCCCACUUCCCGCCAGGAAAACCAUUACAUUUCUUUGAUUAUAUGUAUUCCAUAUUUCUUGUUUUGGAAGCAUUGAAAUGGAAAACCUGUGUAUACAUUGCUCACAGUUUCGGAGCUCACAUAGGAACAUACUUUAGCAUUGUAUAUCCUAAUAGGCUUGAGAAAAUAGUAACGUUCGAUGGGUUUAAUCCUUUUUUCAUGGAUGACCCAGUUUCAGACAUUAAAAAGAUGUAUGACUUGGAAUCAUAUAGUAAAGAGUCCACAAGACUUUAUUCCAAAGAUGAAGCACUGUUUGCAAUGCAAUUUCUAAGAAUGGAAGUAUUGACAAUGGAAGCUGCGGAAGCUUUGUUUCAGCGUGCAGUGACAAAGAUUGAUAAUUUGUAUAAAUAUAAUCGUGAUACCAGGCUAAGGUAUUUCAUGAAACCAUUUAUCUUAGAAGAACAACAUAGAGAAAUUUACAGUAAAUAUUGUACCAAAACCUUAAUAAUCACAAUCGAACAUUCUCAUAGAAUUUCGUCAAAAAUAAUCGAAGUUAUUGAUAAAGAUUUGUUGACUCUAGUUAUCGUAAAAGGAAAUCACGAUGUACAUAAUAAUAGCCCUGAAACAGUGGCACCCUACGUAUGCAAGUUUUUAGAUGAUAAUUUACGUAGUAAAUUGUGAUACUGUUGAAAAAAUAACAAUUUUAAUGUACAAUAAUAUGUAGGAAUACAUGGAAAUACAGUUAGUAUUGGUCUUACCUCCGUUAGUGUAAUAUUUGUACAACUUUUGUAUACAAAGGUUAAAUCACAUGUACAUACGUGUAUUUUAAUAUUCACGGUAAAUCUUGGGCUGGUUUGGAUGUAUUAAAAAAAUAAAAUAAAGUAGUCAUUUAACUUUUA